UCCUGUUCGCAUUUAUAAUUUCUGCUUAUUUUUACUCAAUUUUUCCGAAUGAAAAAUUUAAUUCGGAUUAUUUCACUUGUAAUUUCGUUUUUUUAAUUAUUUCUUAAAAUUUAUGAAUAAUCUGUGAAGAGUAAUUCAGCAAAACUUUAUUUGUUAAUAUCUCUUCUAGUUUCUAUUUGUUUUAAACUUCCACCCUCAACUUCUUACACAUACAUCUAUACAGUUUUUUUUUAUAAAAAAAAUAAAUAAAUAAUUCGUGAGUAUUUUUGUUUAGUUGAUCAUCGAUGAAUUUUUAAGAAUCUAUUUUAUAAGGCAUUUUCUAUUUUUUUUUUUUUUGGGGUGUGUCUGUGCUCUGUACACUUGCCAUGUAUAUAAAUCUUUUAAUUCUUUUUAAAACUAAAUGGGUAAAAAUUAAGAUUCCUUUUCCCUUUAAAUUUGGUUAAUAUCCGUAUUUUUCUUUGCCCUACCUAAUUAAUUUCUAAAAGUCCAAAAUAGAUUUAGCAAAUGUUCUAAAUUGCUUGUAUUUCGGAAAGGGAAAAACUACACAUACUUCAGUAGAGCGGUGCAUAUAUAAUAGUUUGGUUUCACAUCGAAGAUCAAUUCAAGUUGGAAGAUAUUUCCUGCUUCUGCAAUAUCUGAAACAAAACGAUUCAUGGAAGACAUUGAGCAUAUGAAGAACGCGAAGGGUCAAAUAUGCUCACUGAUUUUGGAAAAACAGAGAAAGAUAGCUUCUUUGGAGUCUGAUUCAUCCACCCUUAUAAAGACUUUGGAGCUUAUCGAACAAGAGAGAACCAACUUAUCUUCCAAUCUUAUAGAAAAAAGCACUUACUACAUGAAGGUUAGAGAGGAUAUCAAUGCCAAAUUGCAGCAACACCAGGAUUGGGUCUAUUCUCAUCACACUCAUAUGGAACUGGGAGAGCAUGGAAUGGUUAAGGAGAGAUCUGAUGAGCAAAGAGGGAAGGCUUGCUUUGAUAACCACCUCAGCAUGGGCAAUCAGGGCAAUGAUGCAAGGAAGAACCUAAUGGCCACGUUGGACUCUGCUAAAGCCAAGCUUGAUGAGAUUUUAAAGAUGAAAUCUGAACUUGCUAUAGAAAACCGCAAGAUGAAACAGGCUGUUGAGCAAGCAAAUUGCAGGGAAAAUGAUUUUAAGCCAGAGCUAAGGGCAAUGGAUGUAAACACCCUUGAAGAGGAAUACGAUGCCCUUCUAUCAGAUAAAGCUGGAGUAACUGAAUACCUGAAGUCUCUGCAGGACCAAAUUGAGAAACUGAAGGAAAUAUCUCAUGUGGUUAAAUGUGCUUGUGGAGAGGAAUACAAAGUGGUAGUGGACUUUUGUGUAUAAAAACUUGAAACUAGGGCAUGAAUUUGGGCAAGAUGGAAGGCUGAGAAAUGGAAUCAUCAGUUGGCUGGACUACUUGGUUUGCUGUUCAGGUAAGUGUCCAAACAAAAGUCAAAAACAAUUUCUGAUACCUUUGUUGCAACAAGGACGUAAUGAUAUUACUUUAGUUGUUGGUACAGUGCAAGUUGAAAGUAGUUUGUCUUUAGUGAAUAGACGUUAUUUCCGUUGCAAACAUUAUAUUGUACAUGAAAAUAUGUUUGUAUCUCAAGUGAGUGGUGAAUUUCAUUAGUUGUGCUAAA